AUGCAGAUACAGGAUUCGGCGCAGGAGCGGGCUCUGACCGGCGGCUCCCACCUUGUAACAGCAGGCAAGAUGACAGUGCCCAUUUGUCUCGAGUUCUGUGCCUCGAAUGGUACACAAUAUAAGUACGCUGGACUCGAAUGGUCAAGGGAAUGCUGGUGUGCGCCAUAUUUGUCGAGUCUUUCAGUCCGACUCAAUGACGGAGAAUGCGAGAACUCAUGUGAAGGCAAUUCGUCUCAGGUUUGUGGCGGGCCGUUGAAGUUGAGCGUGUACGAACUUGCAGAGGGAGGGGAUACGCCAGAUGGAGUUGCCAUCAACCAAAUACCCAGGGGCUUGUUUGUGUUGACCAUCAUAUUUGGAAUGUCUCUCUUAUCGAUCUGA